UUUGACACGAAAUUAUCCAAAUGUGUUUAUGUCUGAGAACACAUCUUUUAUACACAUAUAAAGCCAGGUGACCCAGUUAUAAAUUUGUUCACAAUGUGCACACAUUUACUCUUAAUUGUAUGCCUAAUAUGCCGAAAACGACUUCAUCAGUGUUUCUUAUCUCAUCAUGUACAGUAAAUUAUAUAUUUUAAAUUCAAAACGACGAAAUGUGACAAAACUUAGAGAGUAGGUCGUAUACUGUCAGUCAUUUCCCUUAGAAAUACAAAAAAAAUAAUAAAAAAAAAUAGACAAUUUGUUAUAUCUUUAAUUUGUGGUCUGCACCGUAUUAACUUUCAUUUAUUUCAUAUAGCCACGGAGGAAAUAAUUUUAGUAACGUAAAACAGAAACAUUCUCCUGUGGUAUAUUGUCUAAUUCACAAUCCUCUAGCAAUCUAGCAAAAAAAAAAAAUCGAAUCCGACAAUUGCUUAUGUUAACAAGGUUAUUCAGCAUUCAGACACAUAGACUAAUUAAUAUUCAUGAGUCAAUCCUUUUCAGAGUCCGUCUCCCUUUCAGCAAACCUGCUGGGUAGACGUCACAAAGCCUAAUUAAUAUUAAUGAUGUUUGGUCACGUGACGGAUCUCCCACCUAUCAUUAUAGGUCUCAAACACAGGCGCAUGGUCGGAUCAGAACUGAUGUCUACAUGAAUUUCUUCCAGCAUGAUAUGUUAAAUUCUGUUUUUAGUAGUUUAGUUAUUAUUCUGAAAUGACUCACACAUUACUUUAACAGGAGAUCAGUGGUAUUGCGUCUCUUGAUUUUGUUGUUAAAUUAUGGGUGCUGUGCUGAGGACCCUGACUAGUUGGGUUUCUCGCCUUUGUGACUGUGCAGCAUGUCUAAGGUGCAGAUGCUGCCCACAGAUCAAGAACUCCAUUGUAACCCGAAUCAUGUAUGCCUUCAUCCUUCUGCUUGGCACCAUCAUUGCCUGUGUGAUGUUGUCGCCUGGUGUUGAACAACAACUUAAAAGAAUCCCUGGUUUUUGUAAUGGAGGAGCAGGCUCCAGUAUACCGGGAAUUGAGGCCAAUGUUCAAUGUGAGAGUUUUGUUGGUUAUAAGGCUGUGUACCGGGUUUGCUGUGGCAUGAGUUUGUUCUUUCUCACCUUCUCUCUGCUCAUGAUCAAUGUGAAGAACAGCCGAGAUCCCAGAGCUGCAAUCCACAAUGGGUUCUGGUUUUUCAAGAUUGCAGUCAUGAUUGCCGUCACUGUUGGUGCCUUCUAUAUUCCAGAUGAGCCUUUUACCCGAAUGUGGUUUAUUGUGGGAACCUGCGGAGCAUUUUGCUUUAUUCUGAUUCAACUGGUUUUGCUUAUUGACUUCGCCCACUCGUGGAAUGAGUCCUGGGUUGAAAAAAUGGAAAAAGAAAACACAAAGAGGUGGUAUAUAGCCUUGCUGUUGGUAACAGGACUGAACUAUAGUCUGUCCUUCACGGCUGCUGUUCUCUGCUAUAACAUCUACACUCAGCCUGAGGGAUGCGUGCUCAACAAGUUCUUCAUCAGCUUCAAUAUGUCAAUAUGUGUCAUAGCCUCAGCUCUUUCUGUACUGCCCAAAAUUCAGGAUUACCAGCCCAGAUCCGGUCUUCUCCAGUCAUCCAUUAUGACUUUGUACACCAUGUAUCUUACCUGGUCAGCCAUGACCAAUGAACCAGACCGCACAUGCAACCCGAAUCUGCUCAGCAUCUUCCAGCAGAUCACAUCCUCCACAGUCGCCCCACUGGAGAUUGAGAACCAGACUGCCAUCAUCAUCAUCGACAUAGAGGAAACUGUGCCAUCGGCCCCAUACUUGCAGUGGUGGGACGCUCAAAGCAUUGUCGGACUGGCCAUUUUUGUUCUCUGCAUUUUGUAUUCAAGUAUACGUUCUUCCAAUACAAGUCAAGUUAAUAAACUAACCUUAGCUGCCAAAGACACCACCAUUGUGGAUGAUAGCAGCACAGGAAGUCCUGAGAUGGCAGAAGAGGCUUCAACACCACUACAUGUGGAGGACAACGAAAGAGACACGGUUCAGUACAGCUACGCUUUCUUUCACUUCAUGCUGUUCCUGGCGUCCCUUUACAUCAUGAUGACCCUCACCGGCUGGUACAGUCCUGAUGCAGACUACAGUGCCAUGACGAGCAAGUGGCCAGCAGUAUGGGUGAAAAUCUCCUCCAGUUGGGUCUGUCUCACAUUAUACACCUGGACUCUGGUUGCUCCUAUGAUUCUCACUAACAGAGACUUCACAUAGACGCAUUUCUGCAGUAAUGUCCUGCAACCUUGAUGCUAUUAUGAAAAUAAUUUGUGUCAUGACAACUCUCAGUGUUUAGCAUAGUAAUGGAUACAACAGUGUUAACAUGUUUGGUCUUGGCAGAAUAGAUCUGCUAUGCUGCUGCUGUUGCUGAUUAUUGCAGUACGGGACUUGCUAAUGCCAACACACACAUGACAUGCUGCUGCUGUACAAUAUAGCAUAUGUGAAAUUACCCAUGGCAGAUCUAUACAGGUGGAGCUGGGGAAGGUGGGGGAUUUCAGAAAGUGUACUGCACUGCUACAGCAAACGCUGACCAAGUAUUUGAAAGUUGAGAUGCAGCUCAUUGGCUGCUGAUGCAACAGGAACCAAUCAGCUGUGCCCUAUAAAGAAUGUGAUUGCAAGCAGAUUGAGUUAAGGACCUAUCAGCCUGCACCAUCGAGAGUUUUAUGACAGAACUUUGUAUUUGUUUUUAUAUGCUUAAUUUAUAGUAUUUUAAUUUAUCAGGGUUUUAAUGUUUUCAAGGAUUUUGUUUUUGGACCAUUUUGCCUAUUAACCUUAGCAUGUGGAUGUUCUCUGUGCUAUGGAAGGUUAAUUCUGCUAUGGAAUAAAGCAUAAAACAAGUAAUUGCGACAAGAUUUUUUUUUCUUGCAAUUGCGAGUUAUAAAGUCAGAAAUGUGAGAUAUAAACUCAAAAUUGCGAGAAAAUGUCAGAAUUGUGAGAUUAACUUUUCUCUCAGAAUUUGUAUCUUGCAAUACAGACUUUAUAACUUGUUAAUAUUUAAAUUUUCUGAGAAAAAAGUCAGAAUUAUGGGAUAUGAACUUACAAUUGUUAGAAAAAAAGCCAGAAUUACAAUUUUAUCUUUCAAUUUUGACUUUCUCAGAAUUGCAACUUUAUAAUUUGCAAUUGCAAGUUUAAAUCUUACAAAAAAUUCAGAAUUGUGAGAUAAAGUCGCAAUUGCCUUUAUUUUUUCAUGUCAACCUACUCCUUUAGAAUAAAAAAAUAAAUAAAUAAAAAAACUUGUAUGAUGAAUUUCUAUUUUUUUUUUUUUAUUUACUCUGAAAUUCUAUUUCUAUUGGUCAGGCUCUUUUUAUUUUUGUAUCUUUUACUGCAUGUUUUGUUUUAUACAGAAACUACUAUAUUUUCUGAGGAUGCAAAUAUGUUUUAGAUAUGAAUAAGCUGUUUUUGUACAACCAGGAAAAUUCUUGUAUUAUAUGUACAAUGUAUUAAUUUAUUAACAUUAGUAUAUUUAACAGUGUAUGUCCAAAGAUCUAUUAUAUAUUUUGUUUAGAUUUAGAGAUUAAUUAAACUGAAAAUCAGUGACCAUGAACAUUAGCAUUUGCUUCAUUGCCAACAAAUAUUUUGAGAUUAUGAUUUUUUUUUUUUUUUUUUAAUUGCAGGUUUUUGUUAUAGCUAAAGAGUUUUUAUACUAGAAACUGUAUAUUAUUGACUUUAACAGUACAAAAAUGUAAUCCAGUUCUUUAUUGGAUACAUUUGCAGGUUUUGAGGAAAUCUGAACCUGUUG